AUGGAUCUAUAUAAUGAUGUCGUCGUCAGAAUUCUCCACACAACGCUUAAAGAUCCUCUCUCUCCCUCUCUCUCUCUCUACAGAGUUAAGGAAAUUACUCCCCGCAACUCAGAUUUCAGACUGCUCAUCCAACCCAACAGGCCAUUUUCUAACAAGAGACUCCUUCCAGGUUGGGAUUCAAUGGCAUCUAAUGAUCACGAAAACGUCUCUGUUUCAUCAUCUCCUAAAUACGAGAUAGUGAAACAUGUUAUGAUCGAUAUAGACGAACCGGAAGAUCUGAAAACAACGGAGUGGAACAUCUAUAAGGUCCCAUGUAGUCUUCGGAGUUGGAAACCAGAGGCCUACACUCCUCAGUUGGUCUCAAUAGGACCCCUUCACUAUCACCCAAAAAAAGAGUUCAAUCCAAUGCCAAUGCAAAAGCAGAAACUACGAUACCUUGAUUUCUUCAGGGGUCGUAUCAAGAACACUCCUGAAGCCAUGGACAAUUUCAAGAGGUUCCUUAAAGAUCAAGUAAAAGACAUACGCCAAUGUUACGCAGAAAAGCUCUGUGGUAAGAUCCACGACGAAAAGUUGGUGGAUAUGAUGUUAUUGGAUUCUGUAUUCAUCAUGGAGCUGUUUCUGAGGAUUCAAAGGCAAAAAUCAGAAGAGGACAGGAAAGAUGACGAACUGAUCGAUCAAACAUAUUCAGAUGAUAUUAUACUGAAACAAUCAUGGCUGAACAAGAUUAUCCAGAGAGACCUGCUUCUGCUUGAAAACCAGAUCCCAAUGUUCAUCUUAAAAAAGCUGUACAAGACUGUUUUCCCUGACACUAACCCUUCCAAGAAGCGUCCCUCAUUUAUUGAACUUGCCCAUAACUACUUCGACUGUUUUCAUGCCUGUAAAAAGGGCGACUGUUCUAAACAAGAAACUGGAAGCUCAAAUUCCAACCGGUGUCUUUUCUGGGAUAAUAAACCCCAACAUUUCACUGAUCUGAUUAGGUACGCAUUUUUCAAUAUUACUACUGUUUAUCAGCAUGCUAUUGCUGUUUUCAAGGACUAA